AGCAUGAACAGUGGAGUGCAUUGCCUAUUGUUUUCUCUGCGAUGAUGGUACCUGCUGCCUCCAAGUAUUUCUGGAGCUCUUUCCAAGUGGUCCUUGGCUCUUGGGCUACUCUUCUGACUAUUCUUCUGACUCCCUGGUCAGAAAUUUUGCGACGAGAUCCUGUGCAUGGCCGGUUGAUGAGAGUGAUGUUGCAUCCACUUGCGGAUAAUGGCCCCAAUGGUACUUACUGGAGGAUUCAGAAGUUUUGAAAUACGCCUGUAUCCGAUUCCAUCAAUAUGUCUCAUAAUAAGGUUGUGAAGGUCUUGGGAGAGCUCUUUGGUUUUACCCAUCAUGAGAUGUUUCUUGUGUGACACCUUGGUAACGAAAAGCCUUUAUAUAGCCCAUCAAUUUACUAACCCACCUGAUAUUAAUUUGCACAGAUUGGGGGUAUAAUUAGUCACGGAUUUCAGCUGGUUCCUUGCCUUCCCUUGCCUUGGAGAACUGCUUUUUCUUGCUCUGUGCUGUAAAACAUACACCUCAGGCUUCAGAGGAAGAAGUUGGAGCUUUCACCAAACUUAUAGAGGCCAUGGGCUUUACUGGGACACUCAAAUACAACAAAUGGAAAAUCAAAAUAGCUGCUUUGCGUAUGUACACUUGCUGCGUUGAGAGAAUCAACUACGAUGAGUUUUUUGAAAAGUGCUCCCUCCCUGACACACUCAACUCCUGGUUUUUGGUGGCACAGCUCCAUGUUUGGAUGUGUUUGGUGCGGAUGAGGCAGGAAGGCAGAGAAGGGAAGUAUAUGUGUCGCUACAUCGUCCAUUCUAUGUGGGAGGAUGUAGAACAGAGAAGCAAGAUCAUGGGGAUUGAUGCUAUUCAGAGGAAGGAGAGUUUGAGGGUUAUGACCGAAACAUUUUAUGCUGCUAUUUUUGGAUAUGAUGAGGGAAUCCUGUCAGAUGACUGUGUUCUUGCAGCAGCGCUUUGGAGGAAUCUUUUGAACAGGCAAUGUGAGGACCCGAGACAGCUCGAGCUCAUGGUCGAAUAUGUACGCAAGCAGAUGCAGUUUAUCGAUUCUCUGGAUGGGGAUGAUCUGCUCCUAACAGGAGAGGUGAAAUGGCGUCCUCUGGUGGAAGAGAAUGCACAGAGCAUACUGAAGAUGCCCAAUCCAACAUAUAAUGAUGCAGGCCUGUGAAGAACAGUAUUCCGUCAGACUACAGUACCCACAACGUCGUGGUUUGGAUACUUGAUUUGAAGACUUGACCAGCCUGGAACUGCUGCCAGUUUGCUUGAUCUGUCUGUUUGUCUCUCUCCCUUUCUCAUUAAACCAGUAUACUGUGAUAGGACUGCAUGGGCCUGUUAACCUCACUUAUAGAGAGUAUGGAGGAUUCAGCAGUUUUCUGUAUUUACACAUUUGAAGAGCUCCCAUUAUGUUUAUGCUCUUGGCCACAACUGAAGCUGUUUUGCUAUUCUCACUGUGUUGGAGGAAUGUGUGUGUGCUUAUUUGUUUGCUAAGCUCAUCAGGCCGAGUGGAAUAAGGAGCUAUUUGUUUUAAUUAUGAUAAAAUAAAGUUGUUUCUUUG